AUGGUAGCCAAUAACUACCUCAACGAUGGACUUCAGAACAUAGAGGUCAUCAAGCUCAUGCUUUUAGGAUUUACAGAAAAACUUUUGCAAUGGUGGAAUAACUACCUUACAGAAGAGUCUAAGGAAGACAUUAAGAAUGCUGUCCAAAAAGAUGAGAAUGAGAACCCCAUCUUUGACGAACGCAUAGGAAGAGGUGUUCCCGACGGAGUCAAUACCCUUAUCUAUACGAUCAUGAAACACUUCGUAGGAAAACCCAGCAACAUCACAUCUAGGAUUUAUGACCAAUUGAGUAACCUUAAAUGUAAAACCCUUGGUGAAUACAGGUGGUAUGAAGAUGUGUUUACCGCCAGAGUCAUGCAUAGAAGCGAUUGUAACUCUCCAUUUUGGAAGAAGAAGUUUAUCAAUGGCUUACCCACAUUGUUUGGUGAAAGGGUGAAAGAAACCCUUUGUAGCCCCUUAGGUGUCAUAGAUUAUGAUAACCUAACAUAUAGAGACAUCUCUAGCACAAUCAGGAGUGAAGGAAUGAAGAUGUGCAGAGAUUUGAAAAUCCAAAGCCAAGCCAGCAAAAGUAAAGCCAAGUACGAAGUAAGAAACUUUUGUACACAAUAUGGCUUACCUUCAGUCAUCCCCAAGAAGAAAUCCAAGUAUAGAGGAAAAGAACCCUCUGAGAAGUUCCAUAAGAAAAGGACAUCAUCCAAGUAUUAUAGAAAACAGAAGUUCAAAACAGAUGAUUUCUAUAAGAAAGGAAACUCCAAGUCCACAAGAAAGUUCAUACCUAAAACAUCAGGAAAAUGUUUUAAGUGUGGAAAAAGAGGUCAUUUUCAGAAAGAAUGUAAAGCUAAGGCCAAAUCCCUUAUCAACAACCUUAUUAGUGACUAA